AUGGAGUCUCACAACCAAGUGCCUACUACCUCUCAAACUCAUUCUUCACCAGUGCUUUGCUCAUCAUGUAAUGAAGGAUUAGCAGGAGAAUUAAUUCUCAUGAUGGAACAACAAAUAAUUGAGCCUAUUCUAGGCUUGCCGUUCAUCAGAGAAAUGAUGGAAGGAACACUGAGUGAAGAGAUUUUCCGAUUCUACAUCAUCCAAGAUGCUAUCUAUUUGCAAACAUUUAGCAAAGUGUUUGCAUUGGUAGCAACAAAAAUUGAUUUAAUGAAAACACCAAACGGAGAACAACAAUAUUUAUUCUUAUUGGAGCAAUCAAAAGGAGCACUUGAAGAAUCCUUUAAAUUACAUCAUGAGUAUUUUAAAAAGUGGAACAUUAAUGCGUUCAAAGAAGGUUCGAAAAGUUCCAAAUCUUGCUUGCUUUACACAAGCUUUUUGUUGUCAGCGGCACAUUCUGAUUCCUUAUUAGAAGCAUUGUGUGCAUGUUUACCAUGUUACUAUAUUUAUUUCAGGGUGGCACAAUAUAUUACCGACAGAAUGUUGUCAAAUUCAACAGAAUCAUCAUUAUUAACAGAUUCUCAUCCAUAUGUGGACUGGAUUAAAUCAUACAGCUCUGAUGAAUUUAAAAAAGGAGUAGAAUUAUUUUCUGCUUUUAUCAAUCAGUACGCUCAAACUGCUUCGGAGAGAGAACGAGAAAAGUGUAGAGAAAAUGUGACAAUUACUAGUCAAAUGGAAUAUUUAUUUUGGAAUUCUUCUUACUACAUGGAGGAAUGGCCUAUUGAGGAGUUAGAUAGAAAACGAACUUUGCAAUCCUCUAACUCUGCUAAAGUACCAAAAGCUGUGCUCACUAUUGCAGGAUCAGAUUCCGGAGGAGGUGCUGGUAUCCAAGCUGAUUUAAAUACUUUCCAUGCACAUCAUGUAUUUGGAACAAGCGCUAUUGCGGCCCUUACAGCCCAAAACACGUUAGGAGUACAAGGAGUAUUUCCUGUUCCUCCAGAAUUUCUUGCAAAGCAAAUUGAUUCCGUGUUAAGCGACAUUAAUGUUUGCGCUGUAAAGACAGGAAUGCUGUAUAGCUCAGAACUCAUUAGAGUUGUGAUUGAAAGAUUGAAAUUUUACAAGAAAGAAAGAACAUUGCAUGUAGUCGUAGAUCCAGUGAUGGUAUCAACAAGUGGUCAUAAUUUAUUGAAGGACGAAGCUGUUGAGAUCAUUGUGAAAGAAUUUUUCCCAAUAUCUACUCUCAUUACACCGAACAUUCCAGAAGCUGAAAGAAUCCUACAGCUCACAGAGACUCCGUUUUUAAUUACCAAUGUGGAACAAUCCAAACAAGCAGCCAAGAUUAUAUCAACAACUUUUGGAAUUUCUAAUGUUUUAGUCAAAGGAGGACAUUUGCAAGGUCCCUUCGCCGUUGAUGUGCUCUAUGAGAGUGCUGUUGACAUGUAUUACACAUUCCAAGCUGAUUUGAUUCAUUCAAAUAAUACACACGGAACUGGAUGUUCAUUGGCUGCAGCGAUUGCCUCAAAUCUUGCAAUGGGUUCCUCGUUGGAAGAUGCCGUUAGAAAGGCCAAACUUUAUGUUCUUAAUGGCAUCUUGAGAGGAUUCAACACAAGCAUUAAGGGAACAGGUCAUGGAACAUUGAAUCAUAAAUUAUGUUAG